UCGAUAAUAUCAAUGCUCUCUUUAAUUACCUCCGGACCCUUAAGCUCUCAGUUGUGAAUGACAAGGAUAAAAUGAUAUUCAAAGGGAUUCGGAUAGUGAUUUUGAGAGAACGAGAUCUUUAUUAACAAAAAUUUACCUAAGAUUAAUGGUUUUUAAUAGUAUCUCAUCGAAGAUUACACCAGAGAAGACUUCUCUCUGGUUAUACCGAUCGGGAUGAUUUGAGGCUCCUCUCAGGUUUUCCUCUGGUUAAACUUUCCAAUCUUGUAGAAUUUAUAGUCAUUGGUUAAUUUGAGGUUAGGUUACUAUCAAUAAUAACAAACUCCGUGUGAAUAUUACACAUUUAAUAGUGUUUGAUGGAAUUGUGAUUAAGCAAUGUUAAAAAUGAAUAACCAAUUAAAAAGAUAUCUCUUUUGGUUUGCUCACGAACACAUUGACUUCCGAUUAGCUGAAAUAGAAUCUAUAUUUGACAUGUUUAAUGUUAAACCAUGCACAAUAACAAGGCUGAAGGAACAUGUAAGGAACCUUACUGGAUAGUGGAUUUAUCUGAUGAAAAUUUAGUACAUCAAAUUGCAAGUAGGGCAGUCUCAUUGCGUUUUUGUUUAGAGCUUUGGGGACAAGCUAAAGAAAACGAAGAGUUACAUAAUUCUUUGAAAGCUUACUCAAUCAAAAAUUUGGAGACUUUGGCUGUAGAUAAAAAAAAAUCAUUUAAGAUUAUAGUGGAGACUUUCUGUAAACAUUUCUCGCAACGUGAGAAAAUAAAUAAAAUCGAAUCUUUCAGUUAUCUACCUCUUGAAGGUCCGGUUAAAUUGAAAAAUCCGGAUAUCACUUUAUGCUAUAUAGAAUAUUAUGGACUUAAUCCCAACGACAUUCCUGAAGAACCCCAUGAAUAUUUCUUUGGAAAAUGGAUUGCCGAUGGUCAGCGAGAGUUAAUUCAAAAGUUAUCAUUAAAAACUAGGAAAUUUAUAGGAAAUACCUCAAUGGAUCCCCAGCUGUCACUGAUAAUGGCAAAUCAGGCACAAAUUAGAAAUGGAGACUUAGUUUUUGAUCCAUUUGUGGGGACAGGCUCCUUAUUAAUUGCUGCAUCUCAAUUUGGAGGAUAUACAUUUGGAACAGAUAUCGAUUUUUUAAUGCUUCACGGCCGUACAAGACCUACACGGAUAUCGCAAAAGACAAGGGAAAAAGGUGAGAGUAUCGCAGCAAAUAUGCAUCAAUAUGGAAUGAGUUCUUAUUAUCUCGAUGUUGUGGUGGCAGAUUUUUCGUAUCCAUUGUGGCGGACAGACUUACGAAUAGAUGCUAUUAUAACAGAUCCACCGUACGGUAUAAGGGAAGCUACAGAACGUAUAGGCACUAUGAAGAUAAACCCGGUAAUAGAAGAACAUCAAGCAACCUCUCACAUUCCUUCAAAAAUUGUUUAUGGCUUGAAUCAAAUAUAUAAAGACCUAUUGUGUUUCUCUGCGAAACACCUAAGACUUCAAGGCAGACUGGUCUGUUGGUAUCCAUUGUUUAGAGAUCAGUAUAUGGAAGAUCAAUUACCAGCACAUUCUUGCUUAGAGCUGAUAGCCAAUUCUGAACAAAUAUUGAGCAACUACACUAGUAGAAGAUUGUUAACAUACAAGAAAGUUAAAGAACCUGAGGCAACUGACGAGAGCAUUAUAAUGAAUUUUACUGAUUUCCGUGAGAAGUAUUUUGCAUUACGUGAGGAAACGAGGAAGGAAAAACGAAUGAGGAAAGCUGCAGAAAGAGCAAAGAGACGAGAGGAGUGGGAAUGUAGUAACAAAGAAGUUACUGAAAGAUGACUGUAAAUCAGUCUUAUGUAGUAUUAUAUAAAAGUACAUUCUCUACAUUUCUUCAAUUUUAUGUAUCUUUUCUCAGUGCGAGAAGAUAUAUAAUUAUUCAAAAUUAUUUAUCAAAAUGUGACUAUCUAAUUUUGCAAUUCUUGAUUAUUAUGUACAGAAUAGUUGUAAAAAUUGAAAACAAAACUAAGUAUUGCAAUGAUUUAGAAAUAAAUAUUUUUUGCACACAUAAUCCUAUCCAUUCAAUGCCGUUUUUUAUUAUAUUAAUAUGUAAGAUAUACCGAUACCUAAAUAACAAUGAAAUAACGAUGACAUUAAACGAAUUACAAAGAGUGAU